AUGCCGUGCCGUCCGGGGCCGCCCUGCCGCCGGCGCUGCCCCCGGCCCUUCCUGCUGGGCCUGCUGGUGGCCAUCGGCCUCUGCUACCAGAGCCUGACCCUGCGACGGACCGGGAAGCCCCCGAGCGCCGCCCCGAGCGCGCCCCCCGAGCCCCAGGCCCGCAGGUGCGCCGCGGGCUCCCCGCCGGGCCGACGGUGCUGGCCUCUCCCCGGGGACGCACGGGAGGUCAGGAAGAUCCAGAAGUCAAUAGAGACACACUUUGGCGGCCAUGACCGAAGGGCCCUACUCUACAGGCCUUCUUCCUUCAGUGAAACCGAGCUUCGGCUCCACCAGCACAUUCUCACUCAGCAUCGCUACACGGUUGUCAUCGCUGAAGAAAGGCUCGAGGCUGGCCUUGGGCCGAGGCUGCUAGAAAAAGGUGAUUUGGGCUCUUGGGAUCUCCUCAUUUGCCUGUCUUCUAGGAAAGCUGGUGGAAAACCUUGCAUAUCCAAGGAAGACAUGUGCCUUUUAGGUUUACAUCAAAAGGUAAACAUAUUACCAGAAAUACAGCAUCAGCUUUGCAGAAAAGAAGGAUUAUGUCAAAUAAUUAGGAGAUUUCCAGAAUUGCGACUUCCGGUGAGCCCGUCUGUGUGUCUGGAUCAGAGCAUACAGUCAAAGCCAAGCACUUCCAGUCACCUUUUAAAAGCAGUGAAGCCUCAUAUGUGGAAACCAUGGGACUGGCGACGUGAACAGUUGAAUCAAACAACAGUCCUUGCUCCACAUGACACAAUCUUCAGAACGGAAGAAUUAUCUGUGAUUCUUAAAGCAUACGUGUUGGUGACAUCCUUAUCACCUUUGCGUGCAUUCAUUCAUUCAACUGGCACAGUUUGGAAUCCACCAAAGAAAAAACGCUUCACUGUCAAGCUGCAAACAUUUUUUGAGACAUUCCUGACAGCCAGUUCACCUCUUCAGGCUUUUGAUAAUAUGAAGGAAGCAAUUAGCAAACUCCUGCUAGCAGCUGAGGCAUUCAGCGAAACAUCGACGCGGGGACCAAAGGCCUUCCGUGGAUGCAGAUUAUGUUUUCAACUUUUAACUUUUGAUAUCGGUUACUACAGUUUCAGGCACCCUGUAGUGCUGCAGGUGCAUGAGCAUUUACAUUUUCAUGAUGAUGAUAAUGAGGAUUUUGAGGACCAAAGCACAGAAGAAUUCCUUUUGCAAGAUACUUACAAUUUUCUCUUCUCUAAUGAAUCUUCGCUUCCAAUGUUUUCUGAGAUAUUUCAGGGACUUUAUCAAUCAGGUGUUUUUAAGGGUGAAAACUAUCAGAAGGAACCCAAUCAAUGCCUGUCUUUAGAGGAGAUGCACUCCAUUAUGACUUUCAUACAGGAACUUGGGAACCUGCAGCAAUUCCAACUGCUAUUCCCAUCUACUACUCCGGGGAUUCAAUCUUUGAUACGUGAAUUCUACGGGAUAGCAAGCCCUAUAGAUCAACCUGGUUCAGCCCUGACACAGUCCUGGUCUCUUUUAAGUGUAUUUGAACAAUUCCAGCUCCUGAAUAAAAAGGCGCAGCUACAUCCAUUGGAAUGGAAUUCUUUCACAGAGGAUGAGAACACUGAAAAAUCCCAAGUGCCAUUGAAUGCAACUGAAAAUAAAAAAGCUGCUAUUCGACAAAUUAUGAAUGAAACCAAAGAAGUCCAUUGCAGUAAUGAUGACACACAGUGUUAUAUCAAGCAGAUCCUCACACAUCCACGUUUGGAACUAAACCCUGAAUUUAACCCGAAGAUCAAAGAUUAUUACUCUGAAGUCCCAUUUGAUGUGGUAACAGUGACAAUUGGCGCAGAGACUUCUAAGUGUCAGUGCAAGGUGUACCUGCAUGAUCGGGCCAGGCCCAGCUUUGCUAACUACCCUCUGGGUUUGGGAAUGAACAAAAUCUCAAUGCUUGUGGUGGAUGAAUCUCCAGCACAGGGCGAGACCCUGAUCACAUACAAACUCACCAUCUACAGAGAAGACCGUCCAAGUCUGCCCUUGUUUGAGGACUUCACAGCAUGCGGUUUUGUGCAGGACUGUGGUUUGCUGAUUCACCCAGAGGAAAGCUGUGGGUUACAGCCUAUUUCUUCGGACUACAUUGAAGCCAUUUCACGGCCCGAACUGAAGAUCUGUCCAUCUGGGGACACAACAGGCCAGUGGAUCGUGCCGUGCCUCAGCUGCUCGGACGCCCGCACCUGUGACUGGAGAGCAGUGACGUGGCAGCCGCUCGACUGCCGGCACGCCGUCCUGAGCAGGCCCGAGCUGCGGCGCUGCCUGCGAGGCCGCAAGAUUCUUUUCAUUGGAGAUUCGACCAACAGAGGAAUAAUGUAUUACCUGAUCGAAAGACUGAACGACACCCUGCAGGAAUGGCAGAAGGUGCACGGCACCAGGUCCUACCCCAACGUCAACGGGGGGAAGACUCCGGUCAGCUACUCCUACUACCCCCAGUUCUGGAUGAGCCCUGCCCUGAGACCCACCUUUGAAACGGCGCUCGAGCACCUCUUGCAAAGAUCCCGUCCCCUGGAGAACACAGCCCAGACCGUGUUGGUCGUUGGCGGCGUUCAGUGGCUCAAUGCCAAUCACCUACAGAUCAUUCACAAGGUUUUGAAGAGGGAAAAUUUACUCAAUAUCCUUGUGAUCAUCAAAACUUUGGGAAUUGGAUUUCAUCUCCCAGUGGAUGGACUGCAUUUCUUGACGCAGAGUGAAGUUCAGAACUUAUGGAAAGAAAAUGUGAUUAUUCUGGAUGCUGCAAAAACAUAUGGCUAUGAAGUGGUUGACACAUUCACCAUAACGAUGGGGCGAUACAAAGAGUUUCUGCAGGGGACAUGUGGAUGCCAUUUUCAUGAGGUAGUGAAAUCAGAGUUACCCAGAGAAUAUCACUUCAUUAAAGUGAAACAGUCGAGAAAUCACAUCGUGGGAAAAUAUUUCAGCAACCAAAGCAAACUACAGCAACGACAACAAGACUCUGUAACAAAUUUUCAGUCACCGUAUCAUGUCAGAGGUCCAAUUAACCAGGUUUGCUCUGAAAUCCUGCUCAGCAGGAUCUGUGCGGGUGGAAGGACUGCGUAGACUCCCCGCAGGAGAACCCAGCGCUAGAGGCAAGCCCCCCCUCACCUGGACAGUGGUCUGAGAACCAAGUCCUGUACAUCACGUGAAUUUCGGAUCGGCCGCACCUUCACGCACCCGGGCGCACACAUCCACGCCAGUGCACACAUGGCUAAAAAAAAAAAAAAAAAAAAAAGAAUAAUAAUAACCCUUUUUUCCCACAGCUCUGUAAGGCCGAGAUGUGCACUUGAAAAUCAUUUGUUUUCAAAAGGAAACCUGGAGCUAGAAAAAGGUUAAUUGAAGUAUAAUCGUAAAUUAAAAUCACCGUGGGCCACGUAUUGCAUUGUGAUAAUGAGGAGAAAUACAGACACUUGAAUUAUGCGGACAAGAAGGAUAAAGCCCUUGAGGACUGCGUUGUCUUCUCUGUCGGUACAUUAAUAUUGAAAAGGGGGAAAAGGCAGUUACAUUCCACUGGCAGGUACGGAUUGUGCUUGUGUCUCGUACCUGGAGAGCAACUGAUGCUGAUGGUGACUUAGGCUUUGUGAAUCUAAUGCUUAUGAGAAACAUUUCUUCCCAUCCCUCAUAAAUUUUACACACGAAAGGAAAGGAACAGGAAUGACCCACAGGGAAUUCGAAGCGAUUCUAUGAGAGACAUAGGAAGUGUACUGUUUUACAGCUGAAACACCAAUGCCUUUAACUUUGCACUCUUUGUACUUUUCAUGAACAUUCCCUCCUAUCCUGUCUCUGAACUCGGAUGGGAAACUUCAGUCUAAGUUAAUUAAAUACGUAAUUUUAAAGUGUGUUACUCUAUUAUGUUUAACUGAUGAUAUUACUUAAGAGAGCUUGUGUUUGCUGUCAGAGCCCUGUGUAAUUUAAAGAUUACAUUUUAUGUAAAUAUUUUCAAAGGAUUAGCCUUUUGCAGGUGCCCAGGCAUUUAUUUUCAUACAGUAUUUGUAUACGUCCACAAAUAUUAUGUUACUAGUGACUCGACUUUGAUUUAUCUAAUCCAAAUUUAGGGUAGGCAUAAAAUUAUUUUUUUAUCAGAACUGUGACAUACGUAUACAACACACCCAAUUCUAGUACUGAGAACUUUCCCUUCUGUAUGUUGAUUUCAAGAUAGUGAAUUCCUUUAUUUUACAAGUACUUUUGUGAGCUAUCCCACAGUUACAACGGUGUUUAAAGGGAUAUUUUUCUUUUGGGGGGGGGGGCGAAAGAAAACCUGAGAGGGUUAUUCGAUCCAUGUUUGAAAUUACAAAAUGUACAAAUACCUCAAUUUCAUUACCAUAUCAAAAAAAGACUAUUUUGAUCAAUCAGUUCUGUAGUAUGAACAUCCACCUCUUUAAAUACUCUAUUUUUAUAUAUAUUUUUAUAUGGAAGUAAACAUGAGUUUAUAUUUAACUAUCUUAAAUUAUAUUUAAGCACAAUUAUCACUUGAUAUAAACAAUACGUAUCUGCCUCUGACCGAUGAUAGGUUUUUUUUUUUUUAAUGGUACAGAAUUAUCCUUUAAAAUGAAAUAUUUUUCUAAAAUCUGCAGCUACAUGCAAGCACCACUUCUGGGAUUUCGAUUAUUUUCUUUUAAUGAUAUAACACGUCGCCAAUUCGCGCAGCCUCUCCGCCGUGUUCUAAUGUGUCACAUACUCUAUAACAGGAUUAUAGGCAGUGGGUGUUUCUUGUAAUUUACUGUCAACUUGACUAUAAUAACCGUCUGACUGAGGUUAGUCUGGCAUUUACCUCUUCACCACUGAAAUAAUAGUAGAUUUUAGAAACAAGUGUAAUAAUACUAUUAAUAAAUGUCUUACUGGUAA